UUAUGAAAAAGGUAUUUUUCCCACAAUAACUAUUGUGGAAUCUCACCCAGUACAGAAUGAUAAAAUAACGAGACGAAGCUGUUGUGGUUGUAUACCAGAACAAUUUGGAGUUUUAGCCAUUUUAUCAAUGUAUCUCCUUUUUGGUUUACUAGGAUCGUUAGCUUCGUUCAUGACAUUGGCCUUUGUUGAUGUAACAUCAGAUAAAAUUUAUUUAAGUAUUGCUGGUUGUUUAUACACAUUUUUAACAAUUUCUAGUAUUUUUGGUAUCCACGCAGUUAAUAAGGAAAAGGCUGUUAUGAUGUAUCGUCUGUCCAUUGCCUUUUGGGUUUUCACAGUAUUUACGCUUAUCUAUAGUGCAACUCUUUUCAUCCUUAAUAUCCUUUUUAAACCUUCACUAGUUGAAGUAUGUGAAAAGUCUAAACCUGAAUCUGUUGAUGUAUAUGACUGUGAUCGUCAUAUUGAUGUUUAUUUGGCAAGGGAAGGUUUGUCACUUUUCAUUAGCGAGGUAGUUUUG